AUUUCCAUAUAAUGAAUUGGUUUAACAAUAUUUGUGCUGAAAGCCGCCUAAAGUUUUCCCCAAAUCAUCAACCACAUAAAGUUCAGCGGGAAUCUAAAGAUGGUCUAAUGAGCACGGAGGAGUGUUAUAGCUUUAUAAAGAAGAAUAUAAAGCCUAAAAGCGCUAUUCAAGAAGAAGUGUUUUGGAAAAUCCCCAUACUCCUCGUCUGUUUGGGCUGCAUUAUAGUCAUAUUAAUGGCAUUCUGCUUUGUAUUUCAGUGCCUGGUAACUAGGGCUAAGGCAGCCCGAUUGCCAAAGCAACUAGACUUUGACAUUUGCAAAGUCGAAAAUUCAAAGCACCAUUCGACAAGCCACAAGGCCAGCCAAAGCGAACAACCAACUAAGGAAAAUGAAACGUGUUGUACUUGUUUAAAUUGAAAAAAGAACAUUGAACAUGUAUUUGUUAAUCUUC